GAUAGCAAUUAAGCAUUACCAUAGGAUGAUAACACCGAGAGAUAUAAAAAGCAAAUUUUCGCCAUUGAAUAGUCACCAUCGACCACAGAAAACCAUUCGAACUUCAAGUCGAAAUGCAGAAUUUUCGAAUAUUAGUACUUGCUUGCGUCAUAUCUCACAACGAAGUCUUCGGUUCAUCGCGAAUUGUCAACGGUACCAACGCUGAAGAAGGAGAAUUUCCUUUUGCCGUGUCGCUGAGGUACAAAUCGAGUCACACCUGCGGUGGUACCAUUCUAAACGAAAACUUUGUGUUGACGGCUGCCCAUUGUGUUUGUACCAACCAAACCCCUAGAAAUAGCAGCCUAUAUUCCAUACAAUAUGGAAUGGUGAACAUCACCCGUGAUCCCGUUAACACCUUAGAUGUAAAACAGAUCUUCUGCCACCAGUUCGAUUCCGAAAAACUCAUCUACGAUUGCGCGGUUCUAGAGCUAGAAUCCAGCUUGCCUAACGACAAGUCUUGGAGGUCUGUGGAACUCUCGCAAAAGUUUGUGGCUGAAAAAUCAACCACCGGGGUUAUCAUAGGUUGGGGUAAAGUUGAGCAAGAGGGUCCUCUGGCUCGCACGCUUCAAAAACUAGAUGUCGACGUAUAUGAUGAAACAACCUGCAGAAACACGAGCAGAGAUAAUACGCACCACAUUUGCUUCGGAUCUGCAUUUGGAGGCGCGUGCAAUGGAGAUUCAGGCACAGCCCUCUUAGUCGACGGAAUGCAAGUUGGAAUAGCAUCAUUCAUUACGGAUAAAUGCGGAGUCGCGGACAAAGAUCAUCCUAACGUCUACUCGAAAGUGUCGAGCUAUUAUGAGUGGAUAAGCAAGGUCUCUGCAUAAAUGAUUUAUUAACAGUUUCAGUAAGAUUGUCUUUCGAAUAAACAAAUGAAUAAGUAUAUAAUCAUA